AUGUACAAUAAAUACCAUGAUCACAAUAUGUUUUGGAUAAGAAAAUUUUUAAGAUCCCCAGCAAACUUAUCAUCUGGGCUGAUAAUUUGUGUUUCUUUAUAUAUAAUUGCCCCAAGCUUAAGUGCGCUUGUCUUUGGGAAUUUUGAGCAAAGAAAUUGGAGGUAUACGACUGUUGGUUUGAUUAAUCGUGGGAAUGAUUGCUUCAUAACUUCAGCUCUUCAAGCCUUGGCCGGAAUACCCAGAUUUGUGGAAUAUUUGAACGGCAUCAAAUCCAUUCUUCAAGAACUAAAUAACCCAGAAUUAAAAUCCUUCUCCAGAAGUACGAGAGAAAAUCCCACAGCCGAUAACAUUGCGAAUGACAGCAGACUUGAAAACUUUUCUGAUUCAUCCACCCCCCUACACGAGAGUCUAAUGCGUUUAAUUGCUGAUUUAGUAUCUGUGAGAGAAAGUAAAAUGACAAUUUCUCCAAAAAUAGUAGUAAAUGCUUUGGAGUCUAUAUUCAAAUCGAAAAUGUCAUCCAAACAAAAUGAUGCACAUGAAUUUACAGUGAUUUUGUUGCAAACAUUGCAAGAAGAACACUCAAGAUUAGUUAAGCACACUAAACAUAUGCUCAAUGUAGAUGUGCCAAACUUUCCGUUCGAAGGCGAAACUUCCAAGUUUUUAGUAUGCGUUCAAUGCAAUGGCUUAUCAAAAAUAUCACAUCAAAAGACUUUUAUUCGUGAACUGUCAGUACCUCAAAAAUCGUCAGAAAACCUGUUGGAUAUCCUGUCCAACGAUGAAACAGAAAUUAUAGAAGACUAUUCUUGUUUGAUUUGCCGAGCAAGGGCCAUCUUAGCCCAUGAGCAGUAUAGAAACUUCAAAGAUUGUGCCCCGGAUGAAUUAUUGAUAUUGGAUGCAUUGAAAGAUUAUGCCACCGAGGCUUCAAUUAACGAAGAUUUACCAUUGGAAAUAGAUCAGUACAUAAAUCAUUACACAAAGGAUAAAUUCUGCAUAUCUAAUGUUAAAGGAAAGGUCAUCAAAAGAGAUAUAGCUGUAAAACUUCCCAAAGUUCUCGUCAUUCAUUUAUCCAGAUCCACGUUCAAUGGAGUAACAUACUCUAGAAAUCCCUGUAACGUGAAAUUUCAAGAAGAAAUAAAACUUACUGAAUAUACAUCGAUUGAGAACAUGAAAUUAACGGAAAACAGACAGAUUGUAUAUAACUUGAAAAGUGUUGUGAAACAUACCGGCUCUCAUUCGCGUGGGCACUACAUGUGCUACAGACGUAAGGGCGAUAUUCUUUUUGAUAAAGAAGAUGAAUCUUUCGUCGACAGCAGGUCAAUUAUUACCAAUAGGAACCACAAUGAAAACAUUACAAAUAACCACGGAAAACGCAGGUACAAAAGAGUUAAAAGUGCUUCACAGUAUCCUUAUUGGCAAAUAUCGGAUGGGGCCAUAAAACAAAGGGCCACUUCAACGGUUUUAAAUGAACAGAAAUACGCGUAUAUGCUAUACUAUGAACGUGUAAAUAAAUAG